AUGCAUAAUUAUGACAGCAUAGCCUGCUGGCGAUCCCUUGAUUCUCCUUCGCCUCAGUUUCCUUCUGAUGACCACUGUGACAGGGUCUUGUAUCCUGAUGCUGGAGAUGGAAUGAGUGUUGACAUCGGUGGAGACCACUUUGACGUAGCGGGAGAGGAAUUUCAAAGUGCAGAGGAAUGGUAUGAAGGCGCAGGGACUUGUUACUCUCGGGACGGCACAACCUUUCUGGAUCUAUUCGACGCCGAUGAGUAUGCGGAUUGCAGGAAAGAUAAUCUUUUUUACCCUUUUGCAUCGAGGAAUGAGUGGGAAGUUGCUGAUUUUCUUCUUCAGUCCUCGCUCAGCAUGGCAGCAAUCAAUAAAUUUUUGGCACUCUCAAUGAUUCGGGAACUAAACCUAUCUUUUAAGAACGCUAAAGAAUUACGAAGCCGUGCUGAGAUGCUCCCCAAGGGACCGAGCUGGAAGUGCCAAAUUGUUACCUCGCUUCACAGCACGAAACACCCGAUCCGACUAUUCUGGAGGGAUCCUGUUGAAUGCUUAGAGAGUCUGUUCAGUGACCCCCUCUUCCAUGACAAGCUUGACUUUGUCCCUCGUCGCGUUUACACUGCUGCAGGGCAGCUUCUGCGUGUAUAUUCGGAGUGGCUGAUGGGUGAUUCUGCUUGGGACAUCCAGAGCCAACUACCUAGAGGCGCUACAAUCCUUGGGACUGUACUAUCUUCCGACAAAACAAAUGUCACUACUAUGACCGGUGCCAGGGUCGCUCAUCCACUUCUUCUAGGCCUUGCCAAUAUCCGCAUGUGCACUUGCACCAAACUCUCGUCUAGGGUGUUCCUACUUACGGCUCCCCUCCCCAUCCCACAGUAUUUGCACCCAAAUCAACGGAUGCGGGGCGUGCUCGAAGAUCGCCUUAUACACGAAUGUCUUGCCAUUGUUUUACGACCAUUGAUGAUAGCAGCCGAGAUUGGGAUCAUGAUGUCAGAUCCGGUAGGCAAUGUUCAUCAUUGUUAUAUGCCUCUUGCAGCCUAUAUUGUUGAUACCCCCGAGGCAUGUAUGCUUGCAUGUCGUACGCGCUCUGUCACGCUUGACCAGCUCAUGAGCAUCAAGGUCGACCCCAAUAACCUCAAAGCUUUUUUUGAAGUGUGCGCCGAAUACAGGCUAAACGGUGUUCACGCGCCUUUCUGGAUGUCCUGGCCGCAUGCCGAUCCCUCAGUCUUUUCAACGACAGAACCCCUGCAUCACUGGCAUAAAGCAUUCUGGGAUCAUGAUCUUCAUUGGUGUCUUGCAGCCAUUGGAGCGCUGGAACUUAAUUUUAGGUUCGCGAUUUUGCAGCCAAUCACAGGGUACCACCAUUUCCCUGGUGGAAUCUCAAAUCUCAAGCAAGUCACGGGGAGAGUUCACUGUGAUGUUCAGCGCUACAUCGUUGGUCUGAUUGCCGGCGCAGCCCCUCGUCGUUUUGUAAUCAUGAUCCGUGCCCUUAUGGAUGUCCGAUACAUGGCACAAUCCCCUUCCCCCGAUAAUAACCUAUUGACAUCUAUCGACCAAUCGCUCUUGAUAUUCCACCAAAACAAAGCUGUCAUCAUGACAUUGGGCGCGCGGAUGGGUGCAAAGAAACUGAUCGACAAUUGGUUCAUACCUAAACACUGA